CAAAGUCCGGGUUACAGGUCUCGGUACUUUCCACCUAACCGAGAUCGGUACACUGAAAAGGGAGCAGUAGACUUGAUGGAGUUCGCGGAGCAUGUAACACGACGAAGAGAAGCGAGUAACAGGUGCCUUAGGUGGGGACCUAGGAACUUGGACCCGAUAUUUUGAAAUAAAAAAUGCUGGCCUUGAAGAUUAUAUGUAUGGGAUUCGAAAAACUCAUCUCGCUAUCAGUCAUAGUCCCGCUGUCUUUCACGAUGCACACGCCUCUCAAGAUCGCGUGUUCGAGUCUCGCUCCAGUUGACAAAUCACGAUAAUAGUACCCAAGUGUUUUAUUGCCUAAUUUUUGUAUUUUAUACUCGAUACAUGAGAAGUAUAUGUCAUUUAUUAUUUAUCUCACUGCAAGGCGAUCGACAUGCCGGUUAAUCACUCAGUUAUGAAUAAAUUAACUUUGAGCAUCUGUGUGCUGUUUUUGGGCCUCCAAGCUGCCGGUCAAAAAUGGCCGCGCUCGAUAGACAACCAAAGAUAUGAAAGAAGGCCAAACAAUAUUUACGGUGAAAUUCAGUCAGAGUAUGUAGGUCAGGAAUUCCGGGCUGAUAAGGCUGCUCAAGAGGACGAGGUUGCUUUGGUGAAGAUGCUCUCAGAGGCUGGGCCUAUUGAUUUCGAGAAAUGGGACUCCAUUGGCGAACGGGUUAUUUCUAGGGCGAAUGUCACCGAAGAAACUAAGCGUGUCGUUAGACAAGUCAAAAAACAGAGGCCGGGAUUUUUCUGGACUUUAUUUCGCGUCUUUUUUGAGACUAUUAAUGACACAAGAUCAACAAUCCAGCAAGUAGGAGAUGUCUUGGCAGAAAAUAUUGUGUCUGACACAACUACUAAAGCGCCAAAAAUAUCGCCGCAAGGUAAACACACAGCGGUAACUGCUCCCGCUGAUGUAACUAUAUCAGCUACUAAUCAAAUUUCGACAACCGAAGCGCCAUUUAAGUUAACUAGAUCUACCUUGGAAAAUAUUGUAAGAAGAAAUGUACGCGGAUUAGUUCGGCUUUUUAAUAUCGAAUGGAAAGAUGCUAUUACUCAGUCACGGGUAAACAUAAAAAAGUUCAGGAAAGAAUUGUCGAAAAGCGCUGAGCCAUUCCUAUUGGACAACCCGGAUGCUUAUUAAUGAUGAUAAUUAAUAUUACUUUAUUAAAACUCACAAAAAGUAGCUAGAAACUCAUCUUUAAAUCCUACAAAUGUAUAUAGUUAAUUACUGUAUUUAUAAAAAGAUUGUUAUACAACACAUAAAUCAAAAUUCUUAAAUCUCUAAAAGGGAAUUCUGUAGCUCACGUCAUAGUAACCAUUUAAUGUACAUUCAUUUUUACGUAAUACUAUUUUUUAUAAAUA